UAUGGAAGCGUCAUCCUCCCGCGUAUGUAAACCGCCAUCUUGUAGCGCCGCGGAGGUGAAGAGCACCAGAUAUGUCCGACUACAGCAGCGUGGCACCGCCGUCGUCUGGUGGCGGAAUGAAUGAUGCUUUUAAAGACGCGCUUCAGAGGGCGCGACAGAUCGCAGCGAAAAUAGGCGGCGAUGGAGUUGCAGCACCCCCAUCGGGUGAUUUCGGCUACGGGGGCCAGAAAAGGCCCUUGGAGGACGCGGGUGGGUAUUUACCAAUGCCUAACCUGAAUAUCGACCAACCAGAGACGAAGAAAGUGGCAACCAAUGAUGCUUUUUCUGCCAUGGGAGGAAUGGGUGGCGCCUCAAGGGCAGUGUCCGAAGAGUACAAAGUUCCUGAUGGAAUGGUUGGCUUCAUUAUUGGAAGAGGCGGCGAACAAAUAUCACGUCUGCAGCAGGAGUCUGGAUGCAAAAUACAGAUCGCUCCUGACAGUGGAGGGAUGCCUGAUAGGUCAGUGAACUUGACAGGACCACCAGAAUCCAUUCAGACGGCAAAGAGGUUGCUCCAGGAGAUUGUUGAGAAGGGACGGCCAGCCCCAGCAUUCCACCACAAUGACGGCCCGGGCAUGACAGUUCAGGAGAUUAUGGUCCCUUCCACUAAAGCCGGCCUGGUCAUUGGAAAGGGAGGCGAGACAAUCAAGAGCCUUCAGGAAAGAGCCGGAGUAAAGAUGGUCAUGAUCCAAGAUGGCCCCCAAAACACAGGCGCAGACAAACCUCUUCGUAUUUCAGGAGAGCCAUUCAAAGUUCAGCAAGCUAAAGAGAUGGUGAUGGAGCUGAUCAGAGACCAGGGCUUCAGAGAGCAGAGGGGCGAGUAUGGCUCCAGGGUCGGGGGAGGGGAAGGCUUGGACGUUCCUGUUCCCCGGUUUGCAGUUGGAAUUGUCAUUGGUAGAAAUGGAGAGAUGAUCAAGAAAAUACAGAGUGACACUGGGGUCAGGAUCCAGUUCAAACCAGAUGAUGGCAGUGCACCAGACAGGAUAGCACAGAUCAUGGGUCCUCCUGACCAGGCCCAACACGCAGCAGAAAUCAUUACCGACUUGCUGAGGAGCGUCCAGUCUGGAGGUGGUCCUGGUCACGGUGGCGGAAGAGGCCGGGGUCGUGGGCAGGGCAAUUGGAACAUGGGUCCCCCUGGUGGCCUGCAGGAGUUUACUUUCACUGUUCCAACAAUGAAGACUGGCCUCAUCAUUGGAAAAGGCGGUGAGACCAUUAAAGGCAUCAGCCAACAGUCCGGAGCAAGGAUUGAGCUGCAGAGGAACCCUCCUCCAAACUCUGAUCCAAACGUAAAAAUGUUUACAGUCAGAGGCUCCCCCCAGCAGAUCGACUAUGCCAGACAGCUGGUAGAAGAAAAAAUUGGGGGACCCGUCACUCCAAUGGGUGGCCCACAUGGUCCCCCUGGUCCACAUGGAGGUCCAGGUCCACAUGGUCCUCCCGGACCACCAGGACCCCCUGGAGCUCCCAUGGGCCCAUACAACCCCGGACCUUACAAUCAGGGACCCCCAGGACCACAUGGUCCCCCAGCACCUUACCAGCCACAGGGGUGGGGCAAUGGUUACCCCCACUGGCAACAGGGACAGCCUGACCCAAACAAAGCAGCAGCUGAUGCCAAUGCUGCAGCGUGGGCUGCUUACUAUGCCCAGUAUGGACAACAACCACAGGCUCCAAUGACCCCCACCAGCGGAGCACCGGGCACUACUCAGUCCAAUGGUCAAGGUGACCCACAGGCUGCAGGUCAGAGUGGACAGGCAGAUUACACCAAGGCCUGGGAGGAUUAUUACAAGAAAAUGGGUCAACAGAGUCAACAGCCUCAAGACUACACUAAAGCUUGGGAGGAGUACUAUAAGAAACAAGGUCAAGCUGCUCCUCAGGCAGCAGCACCAGCCUCUGCGGCACCAGCCACCCAGGCCGGUGGCCAACCCGACUACAGUGCCGCCUGGGCGGAGUACUACCGGCAGCAGGCGGCCUAUUAUGGCACAGGCAACCCUCAGAGCAUGGGUGCAGCGCCACAAGCCCCUCAGACGCCAGGCUGUGAACAGAACCAGAACGUUCCCUGUGGGCCUGAGCAGAGAGGACCGCUGCAGAGAAGCCAGACUUGGACUUGAGGGAGAGCGUGAUCUGCUGACUGGUGUUAUCUGGAUAGACGCAGGUGGGCCAGUGUGAAGACAGGAAGCAACGUUUUAAUUAAAUGUUUAUAUAACGUAAAUCAAAUAUUCAUGGGUUAAGGAAAUAUUUUAUAAUGUGUUGAAGCUACGAUGAAAUAAAUAC